GCCGCCCCGGAGCCCAGGAAGCCUCACGGGGUGAAGCGGCAUCACCACAAGCACAACUUGAAGCACCGCUACGAGCUGCAGGAGACCCUGGGCAAAGGCACCUAUGGCAAAGUCAAGAGGGCCACCGAGAGGUUUUCGGGCCGAGUGGUUGCUAUAAAAUCCAUUCGUAAGGACAAAAUUAAGGAUGAACAAGACAUGGUUCACAUCAGACGAGAGAUUGAGAUCAUGUCAUCUCUCAACCAUCCUCAUAUCAUCAGUAUUUAUGAAGUGUUUGAGAACAAAGAUAAGAUUGUGAUCAUCAUGGAAUAUGCAAGCAAAGGGGAGCUGUACGAUUACAUCAGUGAGCGGCGGCGCCUCAGUGAGAGGGAGACCCGGCACUUCUUCCGGCAGAUCGUCUCCGCCGUGCACUAUUGUCACAAGAACGGUGUGGUCCACCGGGACUUGAAGCUGGAAAAUAUACUGCUCGAUGACAACUGCAAUAUUAAGAUUGCUGACUUUGGGCUUUCCAACCUGUACCAGAAGGAUAAGUUCUUACAAACGUUUUGUGGGAGUCCACUCUAUGCAUCUCCUGAGAUUGUCAAUGGGAGACCUUACCGAGGGCCAGAGGUGGACAGCUGGGCCCUGGGCGUGUUGCUUUACACCCUUGUCUAUGGAACAAUGCCCUUCGAUGGUUUCGAUCACAAAAACCUCAUUCGGCAGAUCAGCAGUGGAGAGUACCGGGAGCCCACGCAGCCCUCAGAUGCUCGAGGACUCAUACGGUGGAUGCUGAUGGUGAACCCCGAUCGCCGGGCCACUAUUGAGGACAUUGCCAACCACUGGUGGGUGAACUGGGGCUAUAAGAGCAGCGUGUGUGACUGCGAUGCCCUCCAUGACUCUGAGUCCCCACUCCUGGCUCGGAUCAUUGACUGGCACCACCGUUCCACAGGGCUGCAGGCUGACACCGAAGCCAAAAUGAAGGGCCUGGUCAAACCCACGACCUCUGAGGUCAUGCUAGAGCGGCAGCGGUCGCUGAAGAAAUCCAAGAAAGAGAAUGACUUUGCUCAGUCUGGUCUGGAUGCAGUGCCUGAAAGCCCAUCCAAGUUGAGUUCUAAGAGGCCCAAGGGGAUCCUGAAGAAGCGAAGCAACAGCGAGCAUCGCUCUCACAGCACUGGCUUCAUUGAAGGUGUAGUUGGUCCUGCCUUACCCUCUACUUUCAAGAUGGAGCAGGACUUAUGCAGGACUGGUGUGCUCCUCCCAAGCUCACCAGAGGCAGAGGUGCCGGGAAAACUCAGCCCCAAGCAGUCGGCCACGAUGCCCAAGAAAGGCAUCUUGAAAAAGACCCAGCAGAGAGAAUCAGGUUACUACUCUUCCCCAGAGCGCAGCGAGUCUUCGGAGCUGUUGGACAGUAACGAUGUGAUGGGCAGCAGUGUCCCCUCCCCCAGCCCCCCAGACCCAGCCAGGGUGACCUCCCACAGCCUCUCCUGCCGGAGGAAGGGCAUCUUGAAACACAGCAGCAAAUACUCAGCGGGCGCCAUGGACCCGGCCCUGGUCAGCCCUGAAAUGCCCACACUGGAAUCCCUGUCAGAGCCUGGUGUCCCUGCCGAGGGCCUUUCCCGGAGCUACAGCCGUCCUUCCAGUGUCAUCAGCGAUGACAGCGUGCUGUCCAGCGACUCUUUCGACUUGCUGGAUUUGCAGGAGAAUCGCCCUGCCCGCCAGCGCAUCCGCAGCUGCGUCUCUGCAGAAAACUUCCUCCAGAUCCAGGACUUUGAGGGGCUCCAGAACCGGCCCCGGCCCCAGUACCUGAAGCGGUACCGGAACCGGUUGGCAGACAGCAGCUUCUCCCUCCUCGCAGACAUGGAUGAUGUGACUCAGGUCUACAAGCAAGCGCUAGAGAUCUGCAGCAAGCUCAACUAGCACUCCAGGGCGCCGGGGGCAGGUGGGGGUACGAGGGAGGAAGGGGAGCAAGACUUGGGCUCAUAGGCUGGUUACCUCUUUGCUGGCCAUGACAACAGACUGAAAAAGGAUUGGCACUGUCUCACUUGGCCAAGUUUGCAGCCUUGAGCCAACACUUAAAAGGGAGGGGUGGGCUCUUCUGCCAGUUCUGACAACUGUCAGUCAGAAUUUGGGCCCUAUUUGGCAUUUGCUUUAUGGCACCUCCUAGAGGACCAGCUGUCCAGGAGAGGUGGUGUUGACCGGCACUCAGUGGGUAGAGAGGAAGCAUAUGGGGAGGGAGCAUUUCCUUAGAAGUUAUCCAAAUGCUUCUGGAGGAGGGGCAGGAGACACUUGGGCUGUUUGCCUUGGGUGAGCCCGAAGAACUUGCCCCUUUUCUCCUUGCAUUAGCAAGCUAGGUCUGGCUGCAUGGAGCUGGCAAGUAGAUUUCAGCAACUUGAGCUUGAGUUGAUGAUCAAUUAAUAGUGGCUGCCGGUUGUGCUGGUGUGAGUGGCCCACAUCAUGGGGAAGGAGUGCUGUAAUUGACUAGUAAUGGCUACCACGGGAAAGGGAAGGGAAGCAGUAGCACUAAUGCUAUGUAGUUGUCAUCUUUGAUCUGGCUGGGCCCUCGGAAUUGGGUUUAGUCAUCCUGUGGGAUCUAUGUUAACUCUUUCAUCCACUGGUGAGGCAUUUGUUAAUUUGCUACUCAACUUUGAUGAAAGACAGGGCCUUGGUCAGAGAGAGAACACUCUGAACUCUGCUAAGGACAUAGAGUCAGCCCAUGGUGAUUUAGCUCCUUGCUGUUCACCUCCUCUUUCCUGAUGUCUGCCUUGCUCUACAGCACAACCUCUUGAGUGUGGACAGGGAGAAAGAUGAUGGUGUCAGAGGUAAAAACUAUUGUAUAUGACAGGGCACAAGAUGGUCUGUGAUCUUUGCACAGAUGAAUGGAAAAGAAAGUUCCAUUCAUUUAAAUGAAUAAGGUGUUGAAAGAGUGCAGGGGGGUGGGAGGAAGCAUGUAAGAGAGUGAACAUUUCCUUAGAUGUCACCCAGAUGGUUCUGGGGGAGGUAGAAAAGAGGUGCGGCAGGACUCUUAUCUUAAAAAGUAAAAAAAAAGAAAAAGAAAAAAAAAGAAAAAAACAUUAGAUAUGUAAUUUCUAAACACCCGGAUCACAAUGACAAGAUGCCACUCCAACCAUGGGACACCUUCAGGAUUCUAGGUUUGGACUUCCUGGUCUCUUUGGGAUGACUUCAGAUUCUGCUGGCCAAGGCAAAUUGAACUCAUUUCAAGAUGGCCACCACUGGUAGCCAUGUAGAUAGACAGGAAGACCGGUCUUGGGAACAUCUUUGGAAAAACCAACAAAAAAUAGUUCGUAGAGAGAGAAGAAAAAAUUCACCUUACAGUGCUAAGAAAGUGCAUUAGAAUGGAAUUGCCCUUUCCUUAAGGAGACAGUUUGGUUUCUCCCCUUGCCACCGGCUCUGGUGUUUUGGCUUGUGCAUUCCUUCAGGUUGAGCUGAGCAGUGUGUUAUGGGAAGCUGCUCAGUUUCCUUUCAUUCAAUUCCACCUCCUUCCUGAACUCUAAUAGAGGUUAAAAGGGAAAAAAAAAAAAUCUGUAGAUAGCAAAUUGUGCGUGUGUGGGGGGCGGGGGGGAUGGGGGUGUGGGUGCAUGGAGGGCAACCUGCAACUCUGAGCUCCCUACUUCCUGCCUCAUUUCAUUCUGGCUUUUCUGAAUAGCCUAUGCUGCUGCCCUGCUGGCCCCUUGCGCACGGCAGCUGGCCGUGUCCUUAGCUGUCAGUAUGACUUAGAUCUAGCACCAACCUACUGGUUGAUGUCCUUUUUCCUUUUGCCAAGUGAUUGAGUCUGUUUAGUAUUUUCCAUCAUUCUAGUCUUUAAAUAAAAAUGACACUAUUGAGGAAAGUCAGUCUACUCCCUUCUUCCUCCCCGCAAACACGUGUUCUCUUUCGUCAGGAAACUCAGCCAGUGGACUGUGGCAGAGAAAAUCCUCCAUUCAGAGGCAGAGACUCUGAGUUAAGUCAUAGGUGGCCUUAGGCAUCUGCAUUGUUUGUGGUGGUUAAGUUUUCCUUCCAGUGAGGGCUGGAAGGAUGAAUUAGCUGGUCCCUGAAGCCCUGCUUAGCUCUGACACUGCCAACAUCCUCUGAUUCUAGGUGUGAUGUUGACUGUCUUUUCAAGGAAAAACUUGCAAUAGAGGGAAAAGCCGUUAAAGCAGCUCCCUGCUUCAUCAUUAAGUCCUGUCAUCCCUACCAGCCAAUCCCAGUCAAAGAAGUUAUGCUUUAUUCACUUCCGUGGAAUUACAAGUGAGAGACACUUUUAGGACCUGAUGGACAAAGCAGGAGAUUCGCUGUCAGCUUUCCUGGUCCUCUCUUUGCUUCUGUGGGCCUUGCACCGUCUUAGUUUACACAUCUGCCAAAGGGGUAGAAUUACAGUUCUUUUUACAGGUAAAUUUCAAGGCACGAUCAGUUUUCAGGAAGUGCUUCAAGACCCCAGGUGAAAUGAAAAUGCUAAGUACCCUCUGAAUUGCCAUCCCUGUUACCAGGUGCUGCUUCUUCAGAUGUUGGGGAGCACUUUUCAGGGUGAAAUUCAGGCGAGUUUUGCCCAGGCCUGCUGUCUUGAGUACAAAUGUGAAUGAUCGACUGACUGCUUGUUGCCAAACUGGAAAUGUUCUGUAGGGAUUUACUGGCAUGGUAUCAUUCCUAGAAGAAAAAAAAAGAGAAACUUGACUGCACAUUUAAAAAAAAAAAAAAAAAAAAAUCCACGUUGUGACUUUUAUUUAAUUUCUUUUUUUUUUUUUUUGGUAAUAAAAAGUUGACUUUUUUAUUUGAAUUUGUCUUUUUUAUUUAUUGGUCUGAAAGGCAUUUCAAAGGUAUUAUAAUAAUAUAUUGGUGUAAUUUAAUUGGUGCAACAUGCUUUAUGGCUCCUGUCAAAAUUGGUUUUCACUCAUUUGAUUGGUUUGAGCCCAGAACAGCCUACAGGGGAAAAAAAAGCUGGAUAACUACCCAAAGUGUUUGUAUUUUUAUUGGAAACUGAUUUUUGUUUCAUUUUGGUUUUUGUUUCUGUUUUUAUUUUUAAAUUAAAUAAAUUGCAAUGAACUGAACCAGA